AUGACACAGCGUUCCGACCCCACAGGCUUCUCCAAUCUUACACAUCGUUCUGGAUCCGCUUUUAUGGUGCCAGAGCCUCCAGUUAUGAAGCGCACACAGGAGAUGGUAGAUAGUGGUCGGACCGGCCCUCAUGGGCCUCACUUGGGCGAAUCUGGUCCUUCUGAUCAAAGCAGGCGAUCGAUUCAAGCGAACAAGCAUCGCAAGACCAAUUCAGAUGGUAGCGCUAGCAUUCCGAAGGAUAAGGUGGAGCCUAGCGAUGGUGUUGCGGCAUUUGAAAGGGCUAGGAAAUGGUCUGAUUAG